UUCGCGGUUGGUGUCGGUGAGCGCGUUUCCCGCCUGAGCGCGACUGGCGGCGGGUCGUGGGCAGCUCCAGGAGGACUUCCUCGUGGCCUGCGCGUCUCCUGCACCCCUGCGCUUUGCUGAUGCACCAAGUCGGAAGGCAGUUUUCCCAGGAUAACCUGUAAUGGGCAAGGAGCCACAGAGAAGAAAACGUUUCUUUUAAUUUUUACACUUGGUUCGAAAGACCAGCAUGUUUUGGAAGUUUGACCUUCACUCAUCAUCUCACAUAGACACACUCCUGGAGAGGGCCGAUGUCACGCUGAGGGAGCUGAUGGACGAGGAAGAUGUCCUACAGGAGUGCAAGGCUCAGAACCGCAAGCUGAUUGAGUUCCUGCUGAAGGCGGAAUGUCUCCAGGAGUUAGUCUCGUUCAUUAUAGAAGAACCACCUCAGGACAUGGAUGAGAAGAUCAGAUACAAGUAUCCAAAUCUGUCUUGUGAGUUGCUCACUUCCGACGUCUCCCAGAUGAAUGAUAGACUGGGAGAAGAUGAAUCCUUGCUAAUGAAAUUAUAUAGCUUCCUCCUAAACGAUCCCCCCCUCAACCCACUACUUGCCAGUUUCUUCAGCAAGGUGCUAAGUAUUCUUAUCAGCCGAAAACCAGAACAGAUUGUAGACUUCUUAAAGAAGAAGCGCGACUUUGUAGACCUGCUUAUGAAGCACAUAGGCACUUCAGCCAUCAUGGAUUUGCUGCUGCGGCUCCUGACCUGCAUCGAGCCCCCACAGCCCAGGCAGGACGUGCUGAAUUGGUUGAACGAGGAGAGGAUCAUUCAGAGGCUGGUGGAGAUUGUUCACCCGUCGCAGGAAGAAGACCGGCAUUCCAAUGCGUCGCAGUCGCUGUGUGAAAUUGUCCGCCUGAGCAGAGACCAGAUGCUGCAGGCUCAGAGCAGCACCGAGCCAGACCCCCUGCUGGCCGCUCUCGAGAAGCAAGAAAUUAUAGAGCAGCUGCUAUCAAAUAUUUUCCACAAAGAGAAAAACGAAACAGCCAUAGUGAGUGCAAUCCAGGUCUUGCUGACUUUACUUGAGACACGGCGGCCAACAUUUGAAGGCCACGUAGAGGUCUGCCCGCCAGGCAUGAAUCUUUCCACUUGUUCAGUCAGUAAGAGUGUGCUGGAAGCCAUCAGAGGAAGACUCGCGUCUUUUCACGAACUCCUGCUUGAGCCACCCAAGAAAAGUGUGAUGAAGACCACGUGGGGUGUGCUGGACCCGCCCGUGGGGAACACGCGGCUGAAUGUGAUCCGGCUCAUCUCCAGCCUGCUGCAGACCAACACGAGCAGCAUCAACGGGGACCUCGUGGAGCUCAACAGCAUCGGCGUCAUCCUGGACAUGUUCUUCAAAUACACAUGGAAUAACUUCCUGCACACGCAAGUGGAAAUUUGUAUUGCACUGAUUCUUGCGAGCCCUUUUGAAAAUGCAGACAGUGGCACAAUGGCUGCUCAGGACACUGCUGGCGACAACUUGUUGUUGAAGCACCUUUUUCAAAAAUGUCAAUUAAUAGAACGAAUACUUGAAGCCUGGGAAAUGAAUGAGAAGAAACAGGCAGAGGGCGGAAGACGACAUGGUUACAUGGGCCACCUCACGAGGAUCGCCAACUGUGUUGUGCACAGCACGGAUAAGGGUCCCAACAGCGCGCUGGUGCAGCGGCUCAUCCAGGAUCUUCCUGAUGAAGUCAGAGAGCGAUGGGAGACCUUCUGCACGAGCUCCUUAGGAGAGACUAACAAGCGGAACACGGUAGAUCUAGUUACAACCUGCCAUAUUCAUUCAUCCAGUGAUGAUGAAAUUGACUUUAAAGACACGGGUUUCUCACAGGAUUCCUCUUUGCAGCAAGCCUUUUCUGAUUAUCAGAUGCAACAAAUGACGUCCAAUUUUAUUGACCAGUUCGGCUUCAACGAUGAGAAGUUUGCAGAUCAAGAUGACAUUGGCAAUGUUUCUUUCGAUCGGGUGUCAGACAUCAACUUUACCCUCAAUACGAAUGAGAGCGGAAACAUUGCUCUGUUUGAAGCGUGUUGCAAGGAGAGGAUACAGCAGUUUGACGAUGGCGGCUCUGACGAAGAGGACAUCUGGGAGGAGAAGCACAUCGCCUUCACGCCGGAGUCCCAGAGACGGUCCAGCUCGGGGAGCACGGACAGCGAGGAAAGCACGGACUCUGAGGAAGAAGAUGGGGACAAGCAGGACCUGUUCGAGUCCGGCGGUGCCGGCACAGAGGACAAGAUGGAGGUGGACCUGAGCGAGCCACCCAGCUGGUCAGCCAACUUCGAUGUCCCCAUGGAGACCACCCAUGGGACCCCCUUGGACUCGGUGGGGUCUGAUGUGUGGAGCACAGAGGAGCCCAUGCCGACGAAAGACACUGGCUGGGCGUCGUUCGCAGAGUUCACACCCUCCCUCAGCACAAAAGAUUCCUUACGGAGUAAUUCUCCGGUGGAAAUGGAAACCAGCACGGAGCCGAUGGACCCCCUCACCCACAGCGCGUCUCCCCUGGCAGCACAGCCGGAGGCACCAGGCGGUGUGGCCAUGGAAGCCAGCUCCGAUGGAGAAGAGGAUGCAGACAGCACGGACAAGGUCACCGAGACGGUGAUGAAUGGCGGCAUGAAGGAGACGCUCAGCCUCACCGUGGACGCCAAGACGGAGACUGCGGUGUUCAAGAGAGUGUUGAAAUCCUGUCGCGAGGAAGGAAAGCUCUCUACCUCUCAAGAUGCUGCUGGGAAGGACGUGGAGGAGAGCCCCGAGGCCGCGGGGGCCAAGCGCGCAGCCCCCCGGCCUCCCAGUGGCAGUUCCGAGCCCAGGCCCGAGCAGCCGAGCGUGCCAGGGGACGCGUCCGUGAAUGGCCCAGUAUGAGAAGGGACUUCCGCCGUUGCUGACUGAGGCUGCAGCAUCCUGGGUCCCAGAGGCCGCCAGGCCCCGCCGCGCCACUGCACGCACCCGCGCGCGGCCAGGACCAGCAGUCCCUCCACUCUAGACUCAGACUGCAGAGAAACUGAGACGUGUAAAAAUGUUGCACAUUGACAAAUACCAAGAAUUUUUGCGUAUGUUUAUAUUGUAUUGUUCUAAAUGAUGGGUAGCCUGUGAAAUAAGAUCUUGCCACCCAUGUAAUAAUAGUAGUACUCUAUAGUCAGAAUGGCUGUAAGAAUAGUUUUAUAAAAGUGAAUACACAGAUGUAUUGUAUUUGGAAGCAUAACUAUUUGACAAUUAUUAGUGUGACCAAAGUAUUAGCAAUUUUCAUACAUUUUUCACCUUGUACAAAAUUCUGAAUCCAUUUUUCUUCCAGGCUGGCACGGACUUGGAAUUGAAGCACCUCAAAGUGUUAUUUUGGUUGUUCUAACUUACAGGACUGAUUGGGAAUAAGAAAUAUUUGGUGUUCUUUUUAUAACCA